CUGAAUUUCACCCCGACCACGCGGCCAAGAGGUUAGCGAGCGAAGAGAAUUCCAGUUGUCGACACCAGCAAGCAGUGGAAAAGGCCCGGGUUCUGGGACUAAUACCUACCGUUGCUCGUAUAAUCUGCGCGACACCGCAAUGCGCGCGCUUCCUCACCCUACCACGUUUGCUAGCUGCCUCAUCAGGCUCGACGGCGCCUGGGACUAAAUCAGUCCUCACUGUGCCCGUGUGCAGGAUCACCACCACGACACCCUCAGCCUUCAGCUCCACCGCCAGGUUUUCACAGAUCAUGUCCGGUGCCGUCUUUGACGAGCGUGAGGCGUAGUCACCACCAGAGCUGUUGUCCGCGACGCUUCCCACUCGGCUGCUGAGGAUGUUGGGCAGGAAGGGCCUCGUGAGGAGGAGGAGCCGAAGGUGUUGGUGGAGAAGGUGCGCGUGAGAGAGUCGUCGCUCAAGGCGUCGAGCGAGUCGUGGCCAUCUGCCACAAUUGUGAUUUGGUCAAGUGGCCUGAAGACUCACUGCAUCGAUCAGGCCUUUGGCAAAUUCUUGGCUAAUGCCACUGUUGACACCAGUGAUUACCGCUGAUGGCAUGUCGUCAAAUGAUAGUCCUGUGAGCUUUUCGAGCGAGACCCUCCCCCGGCGUGGGGGCACUGGCCGACGUUAAACAUGCGGCGAGGGGACUGCUGGAAAUAUACGAUCUUGCGGGGUAUUGGCAUGAUCUGUGACGCUUCGGCGUUGUUACUCGUCGUCUUCCGGAUGCCCGCCCCGAGGCAAAUACAACCAGACCUGUAUCCCGCAGAAUCUUGAUCUCGGAAGCGCUCCCUAAACCAUGCGCUCUAAGCCGAAGCUGCCGAAGCUGGAGAUUCUGUUGUUGGAGCAGUUGUGCUUUUUAUCGCCAAGCCUUUCAUGAGCCUCGGGCAUCCAUGGAGCCCCAUGAGUUGGGGCUGUCGUGCGUGUGAUCAUUUCAUUAACAAGUAUCACUUACCCCAAAGGCGUCUGGCCAGGCCAGGUGUCUCUCAACGCAGACUGACAAGCGUCAUUCAUCAAGAAAUCUGGGCUCAAGAGGAGAAGGCUGGGGAGGGUACGGGCAGACAGGCCAGAAUCGCCGUGGCCAUCGGCUGGGAGACUGCCAAUAACACAGGGUGGUCGGGCUCGUAUGCUUUGUUCUCAAGCGUAUCGGCGAGGUUGAACUUAACCCAAAGUUUUGGGUAUCAUUUGUAUUCGACCUAUUAUUUCCAAGGGCAGAAGGCGUUUCACACUGGCAAUCGUCUCAACUGCGAGCAGGCGGAGGGCAAGACAACCCGAGACAAAGUUGUCAAAGUUGAAGGCCCCGCAAGCCCUGCCCUGGAUUGAGAAGUAUGCGGGUUUGAGCUGCCAAAGCUGCCACAUAAAUGUCUGACAUUGUUGCUAACACUGCCGUCAUUCUAUUGUCCCGUUUGGGCGCAGCGGUCUAGAGCGCAGUGCGGCUGUUUAAGCCAACCUUGGAACCUUUUGCGUGCUUAUUCCCAGCUGCCGCUCUGCCUUGCCGCCGAUAAUUCGUCAGCACCCGAGCCGCCCUCUAUCGCGUCGCGUGCCACAAAGCUGUAAAAUCUAGCUGGAUCUCUCAUGAUGGCAUCUUUUAUCGGAGCAGACGUGCUUCCAGCUGGACGCCACGUGAACCCGAAUCAGCCCAACACGCAGUCUAUCGGCACGCUAUAUGCCACCAUCGUCGCUUGAGGCUGGCUCAUAGGAGCUGACACCCAGAAGUUGCGUUUCCCAUUUCUUUUUAGACCUGUCCAUGCUAGACCUAGCAAGCUGCCAUGCCCUCCCAAGUGUUCUGUCGGCGUGGUUGUUCGCCCUGGCGAAACCCGAAGGGGCCCAAAGACUUGCCCUGGCAUCCUUCCGGUCAAAUUUGGGAAGCUAUGUGAGACAAGGCUUCGGAGAGCCAGAAGCGGCUGAGUGCUUCUGGUCUCGCUUUCCGCCCAGAGACGACCUGGAGCCUCAGCCUCGAAGGCCCGUGUCUGUGAGCAAGCCGGCGUAUCCCACUGCGCUUCAUCACCCGGAAGCACUUUCCAGCCGAAGCAAGCCUAUUGAGGUUGGCAGCAGAGCCUCAAUUGACCCUCUGGGUCUCUGGGUACUUGACGCGUAUCGAGCCCCGCAAAAUGUCUCUUCAGCUGUUCCAAUCCUCUCCUACCGGAUCUGCUGUUCGCCCUUUGUGUGGGCCGAAAUUUGCGUUUACUUGGUCUCCCCUCUGAUCUUGUAGCACUUUUUACUCAUGGAGCAUCUCCUCGGUCUAGUGUUUGCUUGCUGCUCCAUUACUGUAGCCCAAGCAGCCAUCUUCAGAUGGGACUCCAACGAUGCUCGAAGAUGGAGCCCGGCAAAAGAGACAUUGGGUGUGAUGCCACUCCUCGGCAUGAGUCCGAUGCCAACCAGCCCUCCGGAGAUUGGGGAAGCCAAGGAGCACAAAAGGGCGGGCCAAGAUAAUACGUGCGCGUAUGUCGACGGUGAUCCAGACAUUCCCCUGUACUGCAAUGUGGGCUCCGCGUGUGUCUAUAAUUCAGUGAGAUCGAACAUCGGCUGCUGCCCUGAUACGUCGACCACUUGUUCCAUUUGGACGACAUGCCUCGACUCCUCUGACAAGAGCCUGUUCACAACAGACAACGGCUAUACUUUGUGGUGUGGGUCAUCCGACUACCCAUACUGUAGGACACACCUCUAUGAGGAUGAUGUUUUCACUGGAUACACUCUGCUAGGAUGUGGAGUGGCCGCAGGAACAGACAGCGUAGUCUAUAGCCCAACCUUGUCCGGGCCAUCAUCAGCACCAUCAACAUCAUCAACUUCAACUUCGGUCAGCAGUACAAGUGCCUCCAGCACCUCAAGGCUGUCCACUACUGGUUCCACCACAACGAGCAACAACCCAACCACGCCUCCGGCGCCCAACUCAACAAAUUCACCGGCUUCAAUCGGCGCCAUUGUUGGAGGAGCUGUCGGCGGGGUUGCUGUGAUUGCGCUGUUUGCCCUCGUCUUGGUGCUCCUGCUCCGUAGGAGAAGGCAUCACCACCAUCAUCAAGGACCAGCCAACGAUCCGUACGGUCCAAUCAUGUCCCCGGGGGGCAACCCAUCGCAACAACCCCCCUCGCAGCCAGAAAUGCAACAGCCGUUUCAGCCGCCCCAUCUCCAGCCGGUGCCUUCCUCGGCCGGGUACGCCGCGACAGCGCCCGGGGCGGACAACCGAAGCUCCAUCGCAAAGCCCAGCCCGGUCAGCACUGCUCAGCAUAUCUAUACCUCAACUGCAGCAGGAAGCCCUCCACCUCCGAGUCAGAGCCCUGGGAUCAUACCGCCGGCCUACCAGGCGACGAACACCAAUGUCGGCCCUGCACCCACAACACUGAGUGUCUCGCCAACCGUACUUGAUGGCCCCCAACAACAGAUACCUGAGAGUCAUGCCAAUCCUGGCCAUCACGUCCCAGUGCAGCCUGCAUACUACCAGCACGAAGGGGGCCAUUACUUCGAGAUGCCCACUGUAAAGAGCGACCGGGAGCUGAGGGAAUUGGCCUAGAUGAAGACUCUUGUAUAUGUGAGAUAUGCAUCACUGCCGGGUGUAUAGGCCUGCCGUCUAGUAUAAGCAAAAUGCCUGGCGAUACCGAUAAAUCCGGGGCUGCCAAGUGGGUUCGAGAGCCCUGGAGGGCUUGGAAAGUUGACGGGGAGGAACAUCUGAUUCUCAUUCAAUCUGCCCACCCUGUAUUGUUAGCAAAGGACCAUGUUUCUGAUUUUUCCGACUUCAGAGGUUCAUCCCCUGACUGCGAAACAGAUUUAAUGAAAUUCAUUUUACAGUCAUGAAUGUCAACAUCAACGGCGACGGCCCCCGC